AUGGACUACCUAUGUUGCCGUUUUUUUCAACGUAAAUCUCGCAGCAAAGAAUCCAACUCUAUCACUACCGGCCAAUCAACGCUGCCGAAGACGCCGAGCUUUCCUGAAGGAGUAUCAGGUGAGGACCUCAAGACCCUGACAGAUCUACGCCAAAAAUGCGAGAAGAAUGCAUUAUCUACGGCGGAAGCCCGCGCUCUCCUGGAUGCCUCUGGAAAGGUCAAUGCACCUUUGACGCCUCGUGAGAUAGAGGAGCUACACCGGCUUCUGUCGACACCUCCCCCAGCCACCAACUCUGGGACGUCAUUAUCGGCAUCCUCGCCUGAGAGAGCACCCCGUACACCGACGAACCACAUGCUCCCGGAUAUUCAGGCAGACAGUGACCUUUUUUGCUUACCCGCCGAGGUUAGAACUCAGAUAUGGCGGUACGCCAUCGGUGGACGGAAGGUAUAUCUCUGCGUAAAGAAGGGGAAACUAGUCCAGCAGGAGAACAUGGGCCGCCCAUAUUGGCGGCAUGUGAACGGACUUUUGAGUGUACCAUUGAUAUGUCGGAAAUCAUACUUGGAGUCUAUCAACUUGCUGUAUUCCGAGAAUACGUUUGGAUUCGGGUUCGGAUCACAUGGCAGCAGCAACGAAUUCUUCGCGCAAGCCGACAAGCUGCUGCUGCCCCAGUGCGUUGCUGCCAUGACCAGCCUCGAGGUUGGAUUUCAUUUAAGCGGGGGCUACUCGCAAUAUUACGACACCCACCCGCAGGCUUGGGACCUCUCACUUCAUAUCGUAGCCCCAUCCCCCUUGUCUAGUUGGAAUGCUGUGUUCAAAGCACUAGCACAGAUGAAGCAACUACGGAGACUCAUCGUGGUUGUCUGGGCCUCGGGCGACAGACGGCACGAGUUCAGGACGCGUGAAGGGGAGCUGAUGGACAUCCCCUCCAGAAUGACGGGCUUGAAGAAAUUCGAUGUAUGGUUACCUUGGAAGGAGGAGAAGAAGGAGGGUUUGCUUUCACGACAUGCUAAUAAGGGAACUAAACCGUAUGUUGUCAUACGGAAAUUUGAAGAUAGGCGAAGAUACGGUGUAAGUGUGCCAAAAUGGAAAGGGUAG